UUCUUUUCAACCUUAUCUAUAAACGGUCAUAUGAUCUGUUUACGAUACUGUCAUGUCGCAAAAUAUUCCAUUACACAUCGACGAUCAGCAAUAUCAUGUCGAUUUUAGUGGUAUGACAAGCGAAUAUAAUCGCAGAAUGACAUUUGGGCACGAGUCGUCCUCGUAUGUUAUUAAUCCAAAGAUACUUGCAAAGGCUGGUUUUAUGAGAUGCGGUCUAUCGUCUAAACAAUACAUAGUUUGUGUUAACUGUCAUCUAUAUAUCGACAUAGACACCAUCAUGCCAUGGGACGAUAUUGUGAAGAUCCAUAAGGAUAAGAAUCCGCUUUGUCUCCUCGCACGAAAUCUACCUCCUCUUCCAAGAUCAAAGAUCUUUGAAAAUCGUUUCGAUCCAGCGACUGGAUUACCGGCCGAUUUAAGAUACGAAAUAAAGAGAUUAGAAACAUUCAUAGAUUGGCCAAACAAAGUGGUACAAGCAAAAGACUUAGCCGCUGCUGGAUUUUUCUAUACGAGAGACACAACCUGCUGCAUCUGUUUUAGCUGUCACAAAUACAUGAAUUUUUCUUACGAUAAACCUAUCGUUAUAAGAGAUAUGCAUUUAAAGAAAAGUCCUAACUGUAAGUUUGCACAGGGUAAGUCAGUAGGCAAUAUACCCAUACGCAUGAGUAACAUUCUCAAUAGUAUUGUAAAUCAGAAGAGAGUUGCAGUAACAUCAGCAACAGCGACAGCGACAGCAACAGCGACAGUCGACCAGGAAGAUUUGAUAAAGACUCGAUACGAAUACGCUGGUCCGUUGCACGAUUAUUAUAAAACGACCCAAUCGCGGCUGGAGAGCUUUUUAAAUUGGCCUCAUCGUCAUCGUCAAAAAAUAGAGGCGCUAGUAGAGGCCGGAUUCUAUUAUCUUGGGAUUAGCGAUCACGUUCAAUGCUUUCACUGCGGUGCUUGUCUUCGCAACUGGGAGGAAGAUGACGAUCCUUGGAGAGUACACGCCGAGUGGUAUCCCGAAUGCUAUUACGUUCAAUUAAAGAAGGGAAAAGAAUUCAUCGACAAGGUCAGAUUAGAAGUAUCUCGUAUACCGAUGUGGAGACACAGUUCCAGCACCAGCCAAGAUACAUCGGAACAUGAUUGGAACAUCCUCCUGGGUUUGGACUAUACCAAACGCUUGAUAUUGGUGCAGGGGUUUCCCGUCGUUGCCGUUCGAGAUGCGCUCUGCGAGCAAAUUCUACAGACCGGCAUACCUUUUUCCAGAGAGGUCGACUGUACUUCAGCUGUACGGAAAAAAAUCGAAUCGUACGAGGAAAAAAAUAACAAUAAACUAUUGACAGCAGAGCGUAUUGCAAAUUAUCGAACGGUGUACGCUGUGAUGCGAUUUAUACAAAUGGUUAUGGGAAAGAGCUACAAUCGUUCCUAUCCUACCGGUUGUAUCGAGAAUUCGGUUUACCUGUAUAAGCAGUCAGCCUUUAACGAUAGCGGAGACCCCAAUAUCCCGAUGUAUCGUCAUGAAAUUUCCUUUAAUCUUCCGUAUCCCGAUCACACAUAUACCGGCUAUCAUAUCGAGAGCGAGUAUCGCAUGACACUGGACAGACUUAACUCUUACGAAAUUACCUCUCGAAUAAGUUCUAUUCUAGAUCAAGAACAGAGCGCAUCCCUAACUGCGAUAUGGGGAUAA